UGUUCUUUGGAUCCAAGAUGGCGUCCUUCGUGCUUGUUCUCCUGCUGUUCGCGUGCUCAGUCCAACUAUCGUACUCGCAUGGACGUCCGACAUACGUCGACAAAUACGAUAUUAACUUCAUGUGUACACUGGCUAAAAAGUACUAUUCUGACUACUGUCAAGUCAACCAAGCGUCAGGACCCGCACCAGUCCGAAACCCCGGGAAGCAGACACGAGGACCAAGGAAACCAUGGUCAAGGAAUCCAAAAUCAAGGAAACCCAAAUCAAGGAAACCCAAAUCAAAGGAACCAGAGCCGACCACAGCACCACCGACUCCACCACCGACCACAGCACCACCGACCCCACCACCGACCACAGCACCACCGACCCCACCACCGACAACAGCACCACCGACCCCACCACCGACCACAGCACCACCGACUCCACCACCGACAACAGCACCACCGACCCCACCACCGACCACAGCACCACCGACUCCACCACCGACCACAGCACCACCGACCCCACCACCGACCACAGCACCACCGACCCCACCACCAGCAGAAUCAACAAUGCCGACAGUCGCGGAUAAAACCUUCUUAACUGGGUGCACGCAACGAUGUGUCCGCAGCGACCUAGUGGCUUCACUGUGUAGUACUGGGACGCUGGCGGCGAAAUGUGACAAUCUUCUUGUUGCAGACUAUGUGGGCUCGUAUACCUGCUGUUCAGGUUAAUACAGCGGACGUCGCAACAUCUCCACUGCAUACGGAACUCGGUGAAAUAGUGUCUUGGUAUGGAGGGGAAUCCAAGUUCAACCCCUGUGUGUGGUAGAUCGAUUAUAAUGGUUAACAGGGCAUCAGUUGCCCUUGGUAACAGUUUAGUUAAGAUUCUCUGCGAAGGUACUGUCAAUAUUAAUAGUAUGCACAAUUAUCAAUUAUCACGGUUGUACACAAAAUGUUACAUAUCAGUUGGAUAUAGAUUCUUCUCCUUCCUAUACCUAAAUGUAAAUAAACUGAUGUUCCAGCAA